UGCAGGUGAGGCAGUCCACGUCCUUACCUGUAAACAAAGGAGAAAAAAAACGAAAAAAUGGGAGCGACAGCAUGGACACAGUUUCAAGGAAACCCGCUUCUAGGUCGACCUCAGAGCUGGCUGGACAAGAGAAUAUGAUCCAUCCACGAGUCUGAUAAACACAGCGUUGCUGCCAAACAAAGUGCACAGAGCUUACACGUGUAAUAAGCUACCCAACCCAGUGACCAAAAGGAGCUGGUCUUCUUGACAUCCUCAGCUAUGGCGAGCCAAGGUCCUGUCAACCCUUCACAUGCUACGUUUGACCUCUUUGUUCAAGCCCAGACCUGUAAGGAUGUGAAGCACCAUUUCACUCAGCUCUGCAGGCAGCUGGAGAUCGAUCCGAAGGAUUUCGGGAGCUUUUACGCAAAGUUAAAAGAAAGACUGAACUACUGGAAGGCCAAAGCUUUGUGGACCAAGCUUGAUAAAAGAGCUUCUCAUGAAGAUUAUCAGCAAGGAAAGGCCUGCACUAAAAACAAGUGCCUCGUGCUGGGUGCUGGUCCAUGUGGCCUGAGAGUGGCCAUUGACCUGUCCCUGCUGGGGGCUCAGGUGGUGUUGCUGGAGAAGCGGGAGACAUUCUCCAGAAACAAUGUUCUCCAUCUGUGGCCCUACACCAUCUAUGACCUCCGCGAGCUCGGAGCCAAAAAGUUCUAUGGCAAAUUCUGCUCUGGCUCUCUGGAUCACAUCAGCAUCCGUCAGCUGCAGUUGAUUCUAUUGAAGGUGGCACUCCUCCUCGGGGUAGAGGUGCACACUGGAGUGGAGUUCCAGGGUUUGAUUGAGCCCUCAGGAGAAAAUGGUUGGAUGGCUAAACUGCAGCCCCGGUCUCAUCCUGCCGCAGCCUUCCAGUUUGAUGUCUUCAUCUCUGCUGGGGGAGGCAGGUUUGUCCCUGAUGGGUUCAAGCACAAAGAGCUGCGAGGAAAACUGGCGAUCGGCAUCACGGCCAAUUUCAUCAACAGACACACAGCUGCUGAGACCCAAGUAGAGGAGAUCAGUGGUGUAGCUCGCAUCUAUAACCAGAAGUUUUUCCAAGAGCUACUCAAUGAGACUGGUAUUGAUUUGGAGAAUAUUGUCUACUACAAAGACGACACCCACUACUUUGUCAUGACUGCCAAAAAGAAGAGCUUGUUAAAGAAAGGGGUCAUUAAACAGGAUCAUAAUGAUGCAGAUCAGCUGCUGGCCCCUGCAAAUGUGGAUUACGAGGCUUUGUGCAGCUAUGCUUAUGAUGCUGCCGACUUCUCCACUGGCGGCCGACUGCCUGACCUCCAGUUUGCUCAGAAUCACGUCGGCCAGCGGGAUGUGGCGAUGUUCGACUUCACCUGCAUGCACCGUGCUGAGAAUGCUUCGCUGGUCAAGGAGAGGAGAGGGAAGAAGUUGUUAAUUGGUCUUGUUGGAGACUGCCUAGUGGAGCCUUUCUGGCCUCUGGGCACAGGCAUCGCUCGUGGGUUCUUUGCUGCUUUCGAUGCAGCAUGGAUGGUCAGGAGCUGGGGUAAUGGGGUCCCACAUCUCAAAGUCCUGGCUGAGCGUGAAAGCGUCUACCAGCUCCUGUCCCAAACAACACCAGAGAACACCAGUAAAAAGUAUGCUGCUUACAGCAUCGACCCCAGAACACGGUACCUAAGAGUUAACUUGUCCGCCAUCCAGACCCAUCAGGUGCAGCACCUGUACGACGUUGAAAAAACUCAUCCGUCGUUCAAGAAACAAAAGGAGAGUUCACUUCACAUGCGUCAAGAUUCAGCUGGCGGUUCUGAGGAGCUGUUGAAAUGGUGUCAGAAACACACUGCUGGGUAUAAAAAUGUGAAUGUAAAAGACUUUACACGGUCCUGGAGGUCCGGCUUGGCUCUGUGCGCUCUGAUCCACCACUUCAGACCUGACCUAAUUGAUAUGUCCUCCCUGGAUGAGUCUAACUGUGUUCACAACAACCAGCUGGCUUUCAGUAUCCUGGAGAAGGAGCUGGGCAUCCCCCCUGUCAUGUCUCCCAACAGCCUGGCUAACACUGAUCACAUAGACAAGUUGACCAUGGUUCUCUACCUCACCCAGAUCCAAAGCGGUUUCGCUUUACCAAAAAAAGAGCCCACAGGCUUCCAGCCAUCGUCCAAGUCUCUGUCUCUCUCCCGGACACAGUCAGCUGUCUUUUUCCUGAGCAAGCUGAAGCACAACUCUCUGCAAAGACGUAAGGAAAAGCUGGCAGCUAACAAACAAGCCACUGGAACAGCGACAAGAAUGGGAGAUGAGGACAGUACAUUAGCAUCUCCCGUCUCCUCUGAGCUCGAUCCUGUCGCCGAGGUGGCUCCUGAGCCGGAUACUCCUGCGCUGAUGACAAACAGUGAGGAGUGUUACUUCUGUGGUGAAAGGGUUUAUCUGCUGGAGCGAAUCAGCGCUGAGGGAAAGUUCUUCCAUCGGACCUGCUUCACCUGCGCUCGAUGCAACAUCACACUUAGGCUAGGAGGAUACACCUUUGACCAAGAUACAGGGAAAUUUUACUGUGAGCUACACUCUGAAGAGCUGGCAAAUGGGCCUGCAACAUCUUGUGAGGAAAGCAAAGGAACUCACAGAGAGACAGAAGAAGGAAACGGAGUUUCCAGUGAUGAAUAUACUCCAUCGCCGUCAGAUGAGGAGUAUGGAAACACCCUGGACUGUGGUCCUCCUACUCACACACAAUCACAAACAUCUGAAGAAAAGGACCGCCGCAUAUAUGAGUCAAAAGAAGACUCCCUAGAACCACUUGUAUCAAAAACUCCCACAGACCAUCCACCUAAAUCUGAGGUAGUAGCAGCCAUUAAGGAGGCGGAGGAGACAAAAAAAAUGACUCCAUGUCCAGUUCCAAAGCCCCGUCGCUCUCGGCAGACUACUCCCAGCCAUCAGCCCUCUCCCCCAGUAGCAAAGCCUCGCACAGUCCACCUCAUCAGUCUCACCGUCCCAGAAGAACCUUCAUCUCCGACUCCCACAGAGGAGGGCUCUAAAGCAAGACCAGACUCCCGUCCUAAACAGUCACUGCGGAAGCUUCAGUUGACCGCUGAGGAAAAAACCCAGCUGGUGAAUCUUCACAGCUUCAGCGCAGACUCGGAUUCAGAAACCCACGGUGGAUCCUCCUCCUGCUCCUCUUCCUCAGCUAAUGCUGGGCCUCCUAAAACAGAGGGCCUGGAUGGGCAAGAAGAGGAGGGCUACUGGAGUGGGAGCACUGCUGGGCAAAUGCGGGAGAAGAGGAAUCGACGCUGCUUCAGAAGAAAAGAGAUGCCAAGUGGGCAGGCCAGAGUGCGAUCAAAGUUUUCUCCGUGGAAUCUCUCUUCACCGAGGAUCAGCAGAGACACCCGGCUGAGUGUCCACGUUAAUCAGCCGGGGAGAGUGGAAACAACAUUCAGACAUGUCCACCAGACCUCAGAAGAGGGCGUCGAAGGAGACGACGACGACGACGACGAUGAGGACGAUGAUGAACAAGACAUUGACUUGUUUGAUGACCAAUCUAUCCAGAGAAGACUGGAGGAGAUUGAGGUGACCUACAAAGACCUGGAGGACAAAGGUGUGACUCUGGAGCGGACACUGCGAGGAGAGGCUGAACGCAGCGGUUCUCCUGAUAUGAUCGAACAGUGGAUCCAGCUCGUUCAUGAAAAGAAUGCAUUGGUUUCCGAGGAGUCUGAACUCAUGGUGGCGUCUCGACAGCUGGAACUGGAAGACAAGCAGAGCAUGUUGGAGCUGGAGCUCAGGAAAUACAUGGAGAUAAAUGAUAAGACACCAGAGCAGCAGGCAGAAGAAGAGCGAAUCCUUCAGGAGAUGAUCGAAGUGGUGGACAUGAGGGACUCUCUGGUAUCGUUUCUGGACGAGAAGAGGCAGAAGGAAAUAAGCGAGGAGCAAGAAGCUUUCUGCAUCAUGGAGGCCAAACGGCAAUCAAAGGGAGGAUCUCAGGUUCACUGGGCGUAGGGUGAACCUGCAUGUCCCGCGCUGGUGAUUAUUUCACAUCUUCUGUGUGUGAGACUCGCUGCUUUCAGACUUGAAACCUGAAAUGUACAUUUGGAAAGCCAAAGAUGAUCGAGCUUCGUUAUGGAAAGUAACACACCACAAGCACUCAGUCAGCGGAUAGGAUUUAGUUCAGGCUUGUGAGCCCGGAGGCUCAGAGAGUGUCAGUUGCAAUCCACCCCCUAGAGGGAGACAUAAGCCUGGAGAUCUGAGUCUUUCAGUUGACAUGGCCAGAGACUGUGCAGCUGAAGUCUGCCUGCCAUAUUGGGGUCAUAGCAACAUAGCCGCAUAGGAAAAAUUAUCUUUAGUGUAUACUGAACUAUUGAACAUCUAUCACACAAAUGAUGAUCAGUAACCAGCCUGGGACUUGGCCUGAUUUACUGUCAGAUAUGUGACUUAAGCACUAAGCCAAGAUAGAGCAGUAUGAAAUCACAGUGGCUGGAAAGCUGCUGUACCUGACUUUGUCUCCUUAGAGAUAGUUCUAGGCUGAUAAUACGGGACAGCUGGUGUUUUUGAAAAUAGAUGUUCAUGUUGAUUUUACUUGUUUCAUCAUGGGGAGUGCUACUGUACACAAACACAUGAUAUCCUAAUUCUAUCUUUAGUAUUUGUAUUACAUAAAUGUGAUGGGAUUGUAAAGAAAAAAAAAAGAAAAACUAAGUGACAUUUAAACAUUACAAAUAUUCAAACUUUGUUUUUCAUUUCUUGUUAUCGAUGUUGAUGUUUUGUAGCACUUACAGCUGUUCACCGUGUCCUGUCCUGUCCUGCAAGCACAUUGGAUAGUUAAUCUCAGGGGUUGAUUGUUCAGUCCUUUCGGGUCAGAGUUAGUUUUCCAGUGAUAGCGGCAAAUAUGGACAGAUUUAUCUAUUUAUAAAAACCAAUAUUUAUUAUUUGUAGGUAUUCCUGUCAUUGUGCAGGAUGAAUGGCCAAAAUCUAAACAAAGACCGUUUCUUGUAUAAGUGAAAAGAAGCCUUAUAUAGUCAUUGUGCUGCUGCCAUUUCGUGCUAUCUGGACAGCCAUUCACAGCAUAUCAAAUAAAGUACAUGCACUUUGUUG